AUGUUCCUCGACAUCAUCCCCUUCACCGCUCACCUAAUCAACCUGUCGGUCCUUCAGAGACUCCUCUGGACUCUCGGCCCGGCCAUUCUCGGACUUUUCGUCCUACGCACCAUCUACUACCUGACUCUUCACCCCCUGGCGGGAUACCCGGGCCCCUUACUCGCGCGCAUCACUACCAUCCCAUGGCUCUGGCACCGCGCCGACGGUACCAACCACAGCUGGCCUCUGCUCCUCCACAAACAGUACGGCCACGUUGUGCGCAUUGGCCCAAAUGAGCUGAGCUACAGCCAUCCUGAUGCCUGGCACGACAUCUACGCCAAGGCGGGCGGAGGUGGCGAUAUGCCAAAGGACUAUGUCGGACUGGGGCCGGACAUGGCGGCCCCCGAGAAGGGCAUCGUGAGAGUCUCGUACAGGGCCAUGUGCGCAACUUGA